GAAACUGCUGUCACCAUGUUUAAACCACUGUCAGACCACGACAGGAAAAAGCAGAUUUCUGUGAAAGGGCUCGCCGGAGUGGAGAACGUAACAGACCUAAAGAAGAACUUUAAUCGCCAUCUGCAUUUUACGCUGGUGAAGGACAGGCACGUAUCCACCAAACGGGAUUAUUACUUUGCGCUCGUGCACACAGUCAGAGAUCACUUGGUAAACAGAUGGAUCAGAACACAGCAGAGUUAUUACAAGAAAGACCCAAAACGUGUUUACCACAUCUCCCUGGAGUUCUACAUGGGCCGAACCUUGCAGAACACUAUGGUGAACCUGGCACUGGAGAACGCUUGCGAUGAAGCCCUAUAUCAACUGGGUCUGGAUAUGGAGGAGCUGCAGGAGAUGGAGGAAGAUGCUGGACUGGGAAAUGUAGGCCUUGGUCGUCUUGCUGCUUGCUUCCUGGACUCUAUGGCUUCUCUUGGUCUGGCUGCCUACGGUUACGGCAUCCGCUAUGAGUUUGGUAUCUUCAACCAGAAAAUCUCCAAUGGCUGGCAGGUGGAAGAGGCAGAUGACUGGCUCCGCUAUGGUAACCCAUGGGAGAAAGCGCGCCCAGAAUAUAUGCGCCCCGUCCACUUUUAUGGUAGGACAGAGCAUCACCCAGAUGGAGUUAAAUGGGUGGAUACUCAGGUUGUCUUAGCUUUGCCUUAUGACACCCCUGUACCCGGAUACAGAAACAACAUUGUAAACACCAUGAGGCUGUGGUCUGCCAAGGCCCCUUGCGAGUUCAACCUGAAAGACUUUAAUGUCGGUGGCUACAUUCAGGCCGUGCUGGACAGGAACCUGGCGGAGAACAUCUCUCGUGUGCUCUACCCCAAUGACAACUUUUUUGAGGGUAAGGAGCUCAGAUUGAAACAGGAGUACUUUGUAGUGGCUGCGACUCUGCAAGACAUCAUCCGCCGCUUCAAGGCCUCCAAGUUCGGCUCCAGGGAUAUCGUGCGCACAGACUUCAGCUCUCUGCCUGACAAGGUGGCCAUUCAGCUGAACGACACUCACCCUGCCUUAGCCAUCCCUGAGCUGAUGAGAGUGCUGGUUGAUGAAGAGAAACUACCAUGGGAGAAGGCAUGGGACAUCUGUAUCAAGACCUGCGCCUACACCAAUCACACUGUGCUGCCUGAGGCUCUGGAACGCUGGCCUAUCGACCUCUUCCAGACCCUGUUGCCACGGCACCUCGAGAUCAUCUAUGAAAUCAAUCGCCGCCACAUGGAGCGUGUGUCCUCUCUUUACCCCGGUGAUAUGGACCGCAUGCGCCACAUGUCUCUCAUUGAGGAAGAUGGACAGAAGAGAGUCAACAUGGCUCAUCUGUGCAUCGUAGGCUCUCAUUCAGUCAACGGUGUGGCACGAAUCCACUCGGACAUCCUCAAAGCUACCGUAUUCAAAGACUUCUAUGAGAUGGACCCACACAAGUUCCAGAACAAAACCAAUGGUAUCACCCCUCGCCGUUGGUUGGUGAUGUGCAACCCUGGUCUGGCUGAGGUCAUUGCAGAGAGAAUCGGAGAGGACUUCAUCCGCGAUCUGGAUCAGCUGAAAAAGCUUCGUAAUUUUGUCAAUGAUGAGGCUUUCAUUCGAGAUAUCGCCAAAGUUAAACAGGAGAACAAAAUGAAGUUCGCUGUGCACCUGGAAGAGCACUACAAAGUAAAGAUCAACCCCAACUCAAUGUUUGACAUUCAGGUGAAGAGAAUCCAUGAGUAUAAGAGGCAGCUGCUCAACUGUCUGCACAUUAUCACUUUCUACAACCGCAUCAAGAAACAGCCUAACAAGCAGUGGACCCCAAGAACAAUUAUGAUUGGAGGAAAGGCUGCUCCAGGCUACCACACAGCUAAAAUGAUCAUCCGUCUCAUCACAGCUAUUGGUGAGGUGGUCAACAACGAUCCUGUAGUGGGCGACCGCCUCAAAGUCAUUUUCCUGGAGAACUACAGAGUCACCCUUGCUGAGAAAGCGAUCCCAGCGUCUGACCUGUCCGAGCAGAUCUCCACAGCCGACACAGAAGCUUCUGGAACGGGCAACAUGAAGUUCAUGCUGAAUGGAGCGCUGACCAUCGGCACCAUGGACGGAGCCAAUGUGGAGAUGGCAGAGGAAGCAGGAGACGGCAACCUCUUCAUCUUCGGCAUGAGAGUGGAGGAUGUCGACGCUAUGGAUGCUAAAGGAUACAAUGCGUCAGAGUACUACAAUCGUAUUCCAGAGCUGAAGCAGGCCAUUGACCAGAUCAAAAUACUUAUACACAACCAAAAGAAAACAAACACAUUUGUACAGUAUGUGAAUCAAAUGUGUUUCUUGCUGCACAGGUUCAAGGUGUUUGCUGACUAUGAAGACUACAUCAAGUGCCAAGAGAAAGUCAGUGCUUUGUAUAUGAAACCUAAGGAAUGGACCAAGAAGGUGAUCCACAACAUCGCCGGUUCAGGCAAGUUCUCCAGCGACCGCACCAUCUCCCAGUACGCCCGUGAGAUCUGGGGUGUAGAGCCCACUCUGGAGAAGCUUGCUGCACCUGAUGACCCGAAAUAAACCUCCACCUGCCCAUCUCCAACCAAGAGCAACCUGAAUGAUUGAGCAAUACUAGAUGUUUCCUCUUCAAGAAUCCAGCUAUGCCUGUCUUGCUCUGUCUUGCUAUGGCAACCUGAACGCAAUCUGUCAAUUUUCAUGAUUUACAUAGGCUUAAGAUGCUUUUGGAAAACGCUCUGAAUCCCAUAUUCAGAAUAAGAUCCCAGAAGGACCUCUAAACUAUACAAGCACUUCAAAAUUCAAAAAAAAAAAAUUUUCCCUUUCUGAAAAGUAUGGAGGCCUAAACCUGCAGAAAUGAAAAAUAAAUAAAUAUAGAUAGAUAAACGUAAUAACAGGAAAAUAAAUAAAGAAAUAAAUGACUUGAUAAAAACAAAUAUAGUUUAUUUGUAAUAAAAUUCAAUCCUGAAUUAAUUUUUUAUUAUUAUUUUCUAUAUUUAUUUUUAUGUUUAUUUUUAUUGCUUUUAAAAUUUAUUUACUUAUUCUUUCAUUUAUUAGGGUUCCAAGAUAUUUUCACAGAAUUGCAUUAUUAUGUCAAAUUAUUUUAUAGCGUCAAUGAGUUUCUAGGUUGAUUACGCCUCAAACUCCCAAAAUAAUAAAUACAUCAAUAAAUAAAUUAAAUAAAUAUAAAAAUAAAUGCGUGAAUAAGGAAAUAAAAGUUAAAAAGAAUAAAAUAAAUGUAAAAAUAAAUACAUAAAGGAAAAACGUAAUAAAAAAAUACAUUCAGGGUUAAAUUUGAUUAUAAAUUAACUAGAUUUGUUUUUAUCAAGUCAUUUAUUUCUUUAUACAUUUUCCUGUUAUUACAUUUAUUUAUUUAUUUAUUUUCAGCAGGUUUGGUCCUCCAUAUUCAAGCACUGCAUAUUUGAAAAUAAAAAUAAAAAAUCCAAUUAAAUCCAAUCUCAAACAGUGUUGCAUUUGGCUGCUAGUUCUUAAAGGAUUAGGAACACGCUUAAAAUGACAAGAUUAUCAGUAAUGUGUGCAAAAUGGUUGGUGUAGGGGGUCACGGUU